GCUAAUGCUUUCUCAUAGUUUGCAAACACAAAAAGAAGAAGACUACGAUGGCGACUGGUGAUGACGCAAUCACAACACGACGUUUGCCCCACGCUCACGUUGACACUCGACUCGGUGCACCGAGGCGUGUUUUUCCCUAAUCUCUUCUGCUGAUUUUUUUUUAUUUUGACUCAAUAACAAGAGAUAACAUGGCAGACACGUCGGAUCCAAUAAAAGACUUUGAAAAAUGGAAAAAGAAAUACAAUUUGAAGAAAGCUCGUGUCAAGCGUGAGCGUAGCCAAAAGAAGAAGCCGGAGUGGCAGGUCGAGCGAGAGAACAUCGCCCGGCUGGUGAGCAAGUACGGCGAUAUCGAUAGCAAGGAAGUCAUCAAGUUUUCCGACUUUCCAAUUUCCAAGAAAACUCUCUUAGCCCUCCAGGAGUGUCAGUACAGGCAGCCCACGGAGAUCCAGAAGCAGACGAUCGGAUUCGCGCUGCAGGGGAAGGACGUGCUGGGCGCUGCCAAGACCGGAUCUGGAAAGACUUUAGCCUUCCUCAUUCCUGUGCUGGAGUGUCUGUACCGCCAGCAAUGGAGCUCCGUGGACGGCCUGGGCGCCCUCAUCAUCUCCCCCACCAGGGAGCUGGCCUACCAGACCUUCGAGGUACUCCGCAAAGUGGGCAAGAACCACGACUUCUCCGCUGGGCUCAUCAUCGGUGGCAAAGAGCUCAAGGGCGAGUCGGAGAAGAUUCAUCGCACCAACAUCGUCAUCUGCACACCGGGCCGGCUGCUGCAGCACAUGGACGAGACGGCGGCCUUCCACGCGUCCGACCUGCGCAUGUUGGUGCUGGACGAAGCCGACCGCAUCCUGGACAUGGGCUUUGCCGACACGCUCAACGCCAUCGUGGAGAACCUCCCCGCCGGCCGCCAGACGCUACUCUUUUCCGCCACGCAGACCAAGUCGGUCAAAGACCUGGCGCGCCUCAGCCUCAAGGAGCCUGAGUACGUUUGGGUGCACGAGAAGGCCAAGUUCAGCACGCCGGCCACGCUGGAGCAGAGCUACGUGGUGUGCGAGCUCCACGACAAAGUCAACAUGCUCUUCUCCUUCAUCCGAAGUCACCUGAAGAAGAAGAUCAUGGUGUUCUUUGCCUGCUGCAAGGAGGUGCAGUACCUGUUCCGCAUCUUCUGCCGCCUGCGGCCGGGCGUCCCCUUGCUGGCGCUGCACGGCAAGCAGCAGCAGAUGAAGCGGGUGGAGGUCUACGACGACUUCCUGCGAAAGAAGAACGCCGUGCUCUUCGCAACGGACAUCGCCGCCAGGGGACUGGACUUCCCGGCCGUCAACUGGGUGCUGCAGUACGACUGUCCCGAGGACGCAGACACUUACAUCCACAGGGUGGGCCGCACCGCCAGGUACAAGGAGGGCGGCGAGGCUCUGCUCCUGCUCCUGCCUUCCGAAGAGACGGGCAUGAUCGCCCAGCUGCAGGAGAAGAAGGUGCCCGUCAACAAGAUCCAGGUGAAUCCAGAGAAGCUUCAGAGUGUUCAGCAGAAGCUGGAAGCCUUCCUGGCUCAAGAGCAGGAGCAGAAGGAACGGGCCCAGCGCUGCUUUGUCUCCUACCUGCGCUCGGUGUACCUGAUGAAGAACAAGGGCGUGUUUGACGUCUUCAAGCUCCCGCUGCACAAGUAUGCGCUGUCCUUGGGCCUGGCGGUGGCGCCGCGCGUGCGCUUCCUCAACAAAGCCGAGGCGCAGAAGAAGCCCGAGGAAGACGAAGAACUGAGCAGCUUCAAAGCCCAACUGAGAGGAGAUGUUCCUCGCCGGGAGGAAUCUGAAGAUGACGGUGACGAUGACGAUGACGAUGAAGAUGAUGAGGAUCGGGGCGAAGCACCCCCCGUGGAUGUCGACGACGACGACGACCUGAGAGACUUGGACUUCCUCACGCUCAAACGAAAGGACGUCUUCAAGACGGACGAAGCGCACCAGGCCCCGGUGGACGACUCCAGCAAGACGAAACCCCAAAAGGUGACCAAGUUUAAAGAAGCCAAGAAGAUCCUCAAAAGGAACUUCAAAGUCAACACCAAAGUGUCCUUCACGGAGGAAGGACAAGCCAUGCAGGUGUGGCCUCCCGUGCAGCGCUCGGCCGCCGGCCGGGACGCGGCGCGGGAGCAAGACGAGGAGGAUGACGUGUCGGGGAUCGACGUGGAGAAGGCCAAGGAGCGGCUGAGGAGGGAGGACGAGGAGUUCGACAAGCGGGAGUACAGCCGCAAAAUAAAGGCCAAACACAGAGAGAAGAGGCUGAAGGCCAAAGCGGCCAGGAGGGAGGCCAGCAAGCAGCGCGGAGACAAGUCGGAGGACCACGACGACGAAGACGGCGAGGAUGAGGUGGUGGCGUAUCUGGCUCACGGCGGCGACGAAGAGUUUGACCCCAGCACCCUGCCGGACCCUGACAGACACCGCGACGACGAGGAUGAAGAUGAGCCCGCUAAACGAAGCUACGCUAGCAGCGAGGAAGAUGAGGCGCCGGGAAGGAAGAGGAAGAAGGCGAGGCGGCAGCGAGAGGAGGAAGACGCGGCGCUGGACACGGGCCUGUCGCUGGCCGAGGACGAGCAGCUGGUCCUGCAGCUGCUCUCGGGACGCGCGUGAAGCCGACGCGAAGGCGGCCAUUUUGUUUCCUAAUCGUUAUCGUGAUGUCACGUGAAGGAUUGAACUCUUUUUAUCCGACUUUGAUGUCCUUGAUUUACUGUACAGGAAUCAUAUUAUUAGAAAGGGAUAUAAAGUCAUUCUGUUAUAAAAA